AUGGGUGGAUCAACCCAUUUCUCUGUUUUCUUACUCGCAAUAAUUUUACUCUCUGUUCUUAUGGACUUCAAGAAAGACUUGAAAGAUCCCUUUGGUAGACUCUCGUCUUGGAUUCACGACGUUUGUAGCAACCGAAGUGGCCGCGUGAUUCAACUUCACCUCCAGAGUCCUGCCAGUGAAAUUCUAGAUUUAGCUGAUGAGGUGGUUGCUGAUCCUAAAUCACCAUUGAGCGAUCUUUCUAAAAAUUUUCUUGGACACGUCAUCCCUAGAUGGAUUUUCGGUCUUACUGCCCUUGCUUCUCUUGAUUUAAGUGAUAACUCGAUUGAAGGCCCAUUGCCCAGAGGUCCUUGGAACUUGACUUCCCUCCAACACUUGGAUCUUUCUUUCAACUAUCUGAAUGGUUCACUACCAGAUGAGCUUAUUUAUCUUAACAAUCUCAUUUCUCUCAACCUUUGGGGGAAUUAUUUCGAAGGCUUCUUGGAUGGAAUUUGGAAUUGGAGUUCCCUUACAUCUUUGGAUCUAUCAGCAAAUAACUUCGCUACCUUCCUCCCAAACCAAUUAUCCACUUUAACUUCCCUUAUUUCACUUGACCUUCGCGACAAUGACUUUCAAGGUUCUAUCCCAAGCUCUAUUGCCAACAUUUCCAACCUUCAAUAUCUUGUUCUAUCUUCUAACAACCUUAGCUCCUCUUUACCAAGUGAAGUAUUCACAUUAAAGGACUUGAUUACACUUGCUGCGACUAGUAAUCACUUGAAUGGUCCAAUUCCAAGCACGGUUGGCAACUGUACCCAGCUCAAAGAACUUCGGCUAGGUGAUAAUGCUCUAUCUGGCUCAAUUCCAUCAAAUUUAGGAAGAUGUACCAAGCUAAAAUACCUUUCGCUAGGUUAUAAUGCUCUAUCUGGCUCAAUUCCGUCAAAUUUAGGAAGAUGUACCAAGCUAGAACUCCUUUGGCUACCUGAUAAUGCUCUAUCUGGUUCAAUUCUAUCAAAUUUAGGAAGAUGUAGCCAGCUCAAAGAACUUUGGCUAAAUGAUAAUGCUCUAUCUGGUUCAAUUCCAUCAAAUUUAGGAAAACUGUCAUCCUUGGUGCACUGGGAUGUGUCUCACAACAAACUCACUGGAACUCUUCCUGAAAGUCUUGGGCAGCUUUCCAAACUUGAAGAGCUUCACAUUGACGACAAUUCAAUGGAAGGCAUUGUGAGUGAGAGUCACUUCGACAAUCUGACAGCUUUAACAUAUUUUGAUGCAUCUGGAAACUCCUUGACCUUGAAAGAGUCGGAGAUUGAAGAGUGA